GAGGGGUAUUUGUGUCGGAGGAGGAGUGAGGCAGCUCUCCCCAAACGCUGGCGGGGCGCAUCCUUGCUCCACAGAACUGAAGGAGCUCAGUCUGGUCCGGUGUGAGAUCCCUCCGGGCUUCCCAGCUGAAGCCAAACACCCCGCGCGGCCAGGAGCGAGGAUGGAGUGGCUGGUGUUGAGGAGGCUCUUCUGUCAUCUGUCUACCUUCCAACUGAUUUGGUUCUUGGCUGCCAUGAUGUUUUGCAGGGCACAAGUGGAGACCCAAGAUGUAAGAGAGUUGCUGAACGCACCUGCUUCUUUAAGAUGCUCUCUGCAAAAUCCCCAGGAAGUUUUGAUUGUGACAUGGCAAAAAAUCAAGGCUGUAAGCCCAGAAAACAUGAUCACCUUUAGCCAGAACCAUGGGGUUGUAGUCCAGCCUGCCUAUAAGGACAAGAUAAACAUCACCCAGCUGGGACUCAUGAACUCAACCAUUACCUUCUGGAAUACCACCUUGGAAGAUGAAGGGUGUUACAAGUGCCUCUUCAAUACCUUUGGUUCUGGGAAGAUCUCAGGAAUAGCCUGCCUCACUCUCUUUGUACAGCCCACAGUGUUCCUUCACUAUAAACUAUCUGAAGACCACCUAAAUAUCACUUGCUCUGCCAAUGCUCGCCCAGCCCCUCUGAUCUCCUGGAAGGUGUCUGGGUCAGAGACUGAGAGCAGUACUGAGAUUCUCUCACACCCCAAUGGGACAACGUCUGUCAUCAGCAUCCUCCAGAUCAAAGACCCCAAGAGUCAGGUGGGGAAGGAGGUGAUCUGCCAGGUACUGCACCUGGGGACCGUGACCGACUACAGGGAAACUGUGAACAAAGGCUUUUGGUUUUCAGUUCCACUACUGUUAAGUAUUGUUUCCUUGGUAAUUCUUCUGGUCUUAAUUUCAAUCCUACUAUACUGGAAACAUCGUCGGAACCAAGACCGAGAGCCAUAGAGGAGUCACACAGAACCCUGAAAGUUAUUCCCUGGUCUACUUGAAUCUGACUCAGGAGGCAAGCAGGAGAAAGAGGGUCAUUCUUCAAGGAACCCAAAAGAGCAAAAGAAAUUGGGGUCAAAGGCGUAAGAAUUUCAAGACUUUCUACUGCCAUCUAGGCUACCCAAUGCUUCUGUGAGUUCCAAGAGGAAGUCAUUUUACCUCUCAGGUCUGUUGUAGGACUUGAUUUUGUAAAACAAUGCCAUGUUGUGCUGUUGAAAGGGUAGUGGACUUAGAAUCAGGAGCCACCGCUCAGAGACUGACUUUGACUCCGACUGGUGGCAACUCUAUGUUAAUCACUAUCUCAAUGAGCUUUCACGUUUGCAUACAGAAAAUUAAGGAUUUGGACCAAAUAAUUUGCCACUCUUCUCCAAAAAUGGCUGUAAUUCCAGGGGAAAAAAAAGGAAUAAACAAAGAGAAAAGAAAUGAAAAAGAGAGAGAAGAAUACAGGAAGGUAGGGACCAAAGAACUUUUCUGAGACUACCUUUUGCCUUUCUGUGGCUAUUCCACCUCUUCUUCCCUUCUUCUUUGGUCCGUUAAGUCUAUUUCAUCAUCACUUGGUAUCUAGUCCACCACCUGCUUACUGUUUUGCUAAUAACUGGUCUUUCUAGAACCCUCAGUUUCACUGCUAUUCUUCAUGUACUUCUGUGAUAUUUACCACAGUGGAAGCGGAACUGAAUUUAUUGUGAGGUAAUGUUGACAACCUUAACUUUACUUAUCUGUUUUUAUAGCAGACUAAAUAUUAUUAGUCUCAGCAGCUCACAUUUUUAAAAAGGCAUGCAUUUCCCAUCCAUUUGUUUCAUAAUAUGACCCAGCCCUAUUUUAGUCAUUCUAAAUUCAGCCUAGUAUAAUGAAGACAUAUUUAGAAAAUACGGCAUUUAGAAAGUUUCCUGAAUAGCAGUCAGCUAAUUCAAAUGCUUUGUCUCUCCCAGCUUCUUUUCUCAUGAGUUAACUUCUCACAAUAGCAGAGGAAGCAUGUAUGGGUGUACAAAUCCCUUUGUUGUAAACAUAUGGUUCUAACUAGUGGAACAAUUUUGAACUCUUAAAUAAUCAUACGACCAAGUUGGUGACUUUUUCAGUAUCUUUUGCCUUCUUGUCUCUAUCCAGUGACCUAGGAACUAAAAACUAAAACUUAAGUUGUUUUCACUGUUGAAUUGAAUAUUUAUAUAUUUAGUAAGGUUUUCGUAUGUUAUUUAAUUCUGUAUUAUUUCGUAUAUUUGUAUUAAUAUACUGAAUAAUUAAAAGUGUCAACUCUAAAUAUUUGGUUCAUGAUAUUCUCGUAGGGAAUGUGGAAAAUGUGGGCAUUAAUGAUAAUCUGUAUAUUUUUCCUCUGUGUGUGAAAUCCUCCCCUCUAUCUCUUACCCCCUAAAAGUUGCUGUUGGCAUUUAUGAUUUGUCACAACGUCACAGAUCAGAUGUUCUUGAUCUGACCAGUGGAAGCUGCUUCAUGUUGGUGCCUGUGUCCUUUUGAUAUGACCCGGUCAAUUUUGGAGUACUUCCUUAUAUGUGCUGUUUUGAUUUUGCUUUUUUGUUUGUUUGUUUGGGGAUUUUUUAAAAUUUAAUUUAAUUUAUUUAUUUUUAUACAGCAAGCUCUUAUUAGUUAUCUAUUUUAUACAUAUUAGUAUAUAGAUGUCAAUCUGAUUUUGCUUUUAGAUACCAACCUUUGCAAAUGGAUUAGCUCACACAGUUUUGAAUUUAGUAGGAAUUAUCAUCCUGCUUCUGGUUUUGCUGUUUUUUCUGGUAUCUCAGCUGCCAGAUCAGACAGGGUAAAUUAAAGCAGCAGUUCUCAAACAUUUAAAGGUCUCAGGACCCCUUUACACACGUAAAAACAUUAUUGAGGACCCCAAAGAGCUUUCUUGUAAAGCGAAUUAUGUCUGUUGAUAUUUACCAUAUUUGAGAUUAAAACUGAUAAACUUUAAAAACAAAAAUCUACAAACAUGCAUUUCAUUAGUCAUCAGAGUGAUAGCAACAUCACACAUCAGGUAGCUUCUGGAAGGCUCCACAGCACACUUGUGAGACAAUGAAAAUAAGGAAUUGAUGUGAUUAUGACAGUAGUUUUGACUUUGUGGAACCCCAGAAAUGGUCUCAAGGACAAUUUUGAGGACUGCUCACUUAACGUAUAGGCAAAGAAGGAGACCAUCUUAUGAGAUUUCAUGAGUCUCUCCCAAAGGCUCUCCUUUAUGAAACAGCUAUCUUCACAGUGCCUAAGCAUUCCACCAUUCCACCAUAAUUUUAGUUAGGCCAUUAUCUUUCUGGGAGUUCCGCUUAAAGUGCAGAAAGACCUAGGUCUACUCCUUCUUCCUCACUAGCAAUUCAACUUAAAUUGGCUUAUUAAAUGGCUUAUCAGUUACCUUGCGGGGUAUUGAGAGACUUGGACUUAGAAUAGGUAGGUUUUGAUGGGAAAGACUUGGGAGGGUCAUAGAGAGCAAAGAGAGGAGGUGGAAGGUGUGACUCAGAGCACAUGGCUCUGUCUGACAAGGCAGAUCCCUGGGUAGCACCAGUCUUGCCUUGUGACUCCUGCCCUUUCACCCCUGGGAGGGUCUCACCAACUGCCCCUUACUCAUCCUGAACCUUUCAAUUAGGGGAGUUUCUUCUGAAUCUAUGAAUUGGAAAGAGACAGUUUGGGCUUUGUAUGCUUCAGCAAGGUUGGGAAAGUUGUAAAUAUUUGAGUCACUUUGAAUAACUCAAUCACAAAGUUUUCUUGGCAGUAAAAAUUUAGAAACUUCCCAGGGUGGUGGUAAAUGAGCUCAGAGAUAAGGGAAACCAAAAGAAGUUUUUUGUGCUUAAAUAGAACUAAAACUGAAGGUGAAGAUCUGGGGGGAGCGGUUGGAAUUUAUUAACCACCAACUAGGUAACAUUUCAUAAAUACAAGUUCAAAGAGUACAAAAUCCCAUAGUAUGACUAGGGAUUAUGAGGCUUUGGUUAAAAUAGUUCUCUUGGACCAACUUUCUUCUAUGGUUAUUUAGCUCGUCAAGAAAGAGAUUUAACUUCCUAAAAAUAAAGCUUCCUAAAGUAAUUCUUCACAACUGUAAUGUUUUUGUUUUUUAUAUUUGCUCUCAAAAUGUUCCAGAUAGGACUUCAGUCUCCCUACCACAGUCACUUAGGCUAAGAAACAUGGACAGGGUCACAGAGACCUGUGAUUCAAUUGUAAGCAAGCCAUCUUUUGCAUAGACAUCAUAUUCAUUUGAGCCUUGUGAGGUCGGGAAGGUUUUUAAGCCCAUCUUUAUAGGUGUGAAAAAUGAAGCCUUAAGCUUUUCAGUGACUUUCUUUGGGUAACACUGAAAGCAUGACAUGGGACUAAAACUCCAACUCAGAAUCCCAGACUUCCUGCCCAGUGCUCUCUCUGUUCCCUCCACUCUUACUGUCAUUCAUCCCAAAUACUACUUGUCAGUAUAUCCUAUUUGCUCUAUCAAUAUAUUUAGAAUCCAACUCUUACCCCCAAUCUUACCACCUGGCCCAAACCAUCAUUAUCUUUCUCCCAGAUUGUUGACAUAGUUUUCUAAUUAAUCUCCCUGCUUCUACUUUCUCCCCUUUUUAGUCUCUUCUCACAUCUGUUUUAAAAUAUAGGUCAAGACAAAUAGUGUCAUUCUUUUUCACAAAAUCUCCAAGUGCUUCCUAUCUUAUUUAGAGGAGAAGCCAAGGUCUUUACAUGGGCUGUAUGGCUCUACAUGAUUGGGCUCCCUGAUACUCUCUGAAAUCACUUCCUGCUGCUCUUUCUCCUAUUCAUGCUCUGCCAGCCACACUAGCCUCCUUGCUGUUUCACUAACAUUCAGACAGGUUUCCACCACAGGACCUUGGCACUUACUUUUCUCUCUGCCUGGAAUGUUCUUCCCAAAGGUGGCCACAUAAGCCUUUUCCCCAACAAACCCUUUCUGUCUCCCUCUCCUUCUUCAUUUUUCUCCCUUGCAUCCAUCAAAAUCUAGCAUGCUACAUACUUUACUUGUUUAUUUUAUUGUCUGUCUCUUUCCAAUAGAUUGUAAGCUUCAUAAGGGCAGAGGUUUUUAAAUCUGUUGGCUUGCUUGCUUGCUUUUCCCUAGCAUCUAGUAUAAGCAGUCAAGCAGUAUUUCUUGAACAAAUUUUAUGCCAAUACAUUAUGGGAGGGAGGAGUAGUUCAAACAGCUUUGUACUGGAGCAUCUCUCCUUCCCUGUGGGAGAGUAUGAUUGAACUAGAGAGUAGAAAAGGACUUUUAGAAAUUGUUGGUCAUAAGGCAUAGAGACAAGCAUAAUGGAUUUAGAACCAAAAGAAUGGGGUUUAAGUUCCAUCCCUGAUAUUUAGUAAUGUGUUGACCUUGGACCAGUCAUUUAAUCUCUCUGAAUUUACAUGUCCUCAAUUUUAAAUUGUGUGUGCACCAAGUCUGUCUUCUGUAAAGGUUCAAGUAUGAAGGGGUAUAGCUCCCAACAUGCGCAAGUUUAUGUGCUGAGGCGUGUCUGCCCUGUGACCUCAAAACCCCCACUGAAACAACACAGGCCUCAUGUCCUUCCCAGUUCCUCCUCACAGUCAGCCCCACCCUUGUCCAGAAGUGGAUGUGGGGUUGAGGUGGAGAUAGGAGUGCUGGCAGUGGGAGCUUCCUUCUGGAUGAACAGAGAGAAAACCUACUGGUCUUUGUAUUAGGGACCCUAAUACAUCAUCCAGGAUGAUUUGGCCUUUCCUUGUGCUGAGGAUAGGACCAAAGGAAUAAAACACACAAAAGUUAGCAAGAAGGUGCUGUCUGCAAACCAGGAAGAGAGACCUUCCAGAACCCGACCAUGCCGGCACCCUAUAAAAACAAAACCCAAACCAAAAAAAUCCCACAAAAGUUAAAGUCCUUUCUAUUGAGCAUCAGCUUCUGAAUACAGUUUUGCCACCUUGCUCCAGAGUAUUAACAGCCACCACCUGCCGUAAGAGAUGGCAGAGAGCUCUCCAAACACUUAAAGAGGAUGCAAAAAUUGAUACCGCUGAAAGCUCUCCCUAGAAUUAUGUUGCUUUACCAGAUUUGAUAAUAUGUCAUGAUAGAAGGACCUUACCAGAAUUUGAAAGGUUCCAGAGAAUUCAACAGAUACUUAGGUACUUUUCACCUAAAUCAUAUUAGCCUAGAGAGUGAAGCACUCAACUCAAAGAGUUGGAACUCAAAAGGAGAGUUGUGUUUUUCUGGAAGUAGCUUUCACUUUCUAGUCCAACAGCAAAAGGCACCAGCUGCUCAGAUGAUGCAUGAUUCUGGAUCUGUCAUUGCUGUUUAGCUUUGUAUAUAAUUCCCUUAACUUGUACACACAAGAAGGUUUCCCUUGUUAUAAAUCGAAGACGAUAUUGUAAAUAUCUCAUAUAAAAAUAAGUCAGAUGAUGUCUUUAAUUAAAUGCUCUUUUGUAAUGUAUUGAUCAGUAAACCCGGUGGUUCUUAGUUAAGAAACAUGAGGAAGCACUAAAAUUUCAGCAACAGUGACCAGUUGGAUGGAAGCACACUGAUACCGUCAGUGGUGGGUAGCCCUGGCCUAGACCAGUGUUUGUGAAAUAUAGCUCAAAGAUAGCUUAGAAUUUUAUUCCCCUUUUUCAGUUGUCCCAGUGAGUUUCUGGGAGACCAAGCUAGCUCUGCAGCUGCCCAUGCCUGGUUGGAACCACUUGGGGAAAGGAGAUGCUUUUCUCCACCUUGUCUUAGAGCUAACUUUAAUUUACAAAUCGCUUGGAAAGAGAGAAUGUAUUCUUUGAGGGAACUCUAGGCCUACCAAGUUGUAUUUGGUUUGACUGGGUCCUACCCUCAAAGUGCCAUCAGAAGCCACCAUCUUAUGUUAAUAAAGGUCAUCAACAAUUCCUGACACUUCAGGAACUGACUGACACUUAUGCCCCUGGGUAAGCUGAUACUUGCUGUUGCAUGCCAAGAGGCAGUGAAAGAGACUGAGUUAGAAUCAUAGACAGUCAGAAUGAAGAGAUUUCAGAGACAAGAAAACAGGCUUCAGAAUGCCAAGUGACUCACUAAAAUCACACAGGACUUUACCAGGACGCAGGAAAAAACCAGGCAGCAGAAACUCCCAAUGUAGUUACAGACAAAAGAAUCUUACACGGCCUGCCAUAAUCUGGUUAGCCAAGAAAAACCAUUUCCUAAGUUUAAAUAUAUCUGCAGGCCCACAGGGCUUACGGGAACCCCAAACUUUCCCGAACUGCCUCCUUCUGCAUGAGGUUCAAAGCUGUUCCCGUCACUGGUUUUUGAUGUACCUCCAGCUUCUUUGGCAGUGAACAGGUAAACAUCUGGUUUGAUAGAUAAUAUGUAGUUUUGACUUGAUGCUUAAAUUCUGGAAAAUUCUUUCCCUUGACUGGAAUAGUUUUGAUUGUUUUCAGCAAAGGUAAUUUUGAGGGUGGGUGGGUGGAUCUUGAUGCAAGAGAGAGAGAGAGAGAGAGAAAGAGAGAGAGAGCAAGCACAUUCUUGGUUAGGGAGGAGAAAGUUUCCAGAUACAUCAGAUUAAAAACAAAUAUUUAAAAAGCCCCAAGAAUCACUUAUAAAGCUAACACUUAUAAAGUCAGACUUGAAUGAAUUUCCAGUCAUCAGGUUUCAAAAGCAAAACAUAUUAAAGGGAACAUUACAAAAAUCGUGAAAAGAUGAAGAGAAAGAAAAAAAGGGAUUUCACAGGUUUGGGGUUCGUAUUUGACUUGGUUUCUUGAAUAAAACGAUGGAAUAGAGGUGAUGAUGUCAUUAGAUGAAGUUUGUGAUAAUUGGCUUUUAUACCAAUUAAAUAUAUAAUAAUUUCUAACCAUAUAGCUGUUAGAGAGCAACAUUGCAUUUAUCUUUGCUAUUUUAUCAAUAUUCUGUUAGCUUUGUUUACGGUGAUCAGAACAGCAGCAUGUAUCUCGCAGUGGAUAGCAUUUAUGAAGCACUGUUUCAACCACCCAACUGUCCUGGGUCCUGAGAGACAGCUGCAGAGGGAGGCAUGGAAAAAAAUUCUUUUCCUGGAGAAAUUUAAAACUUAAGGACAGACAAAAUAAACCUACCUGCAUGUAUUUAAAAACAGCUUGUGAAAUUACAUGAAGUACUGUCAUGAAUGGGAAAUAAAAGUUACAAAUGUA